AUGGGGGAAAUGUUGGCUCAAGUGAUGAUUGAAAUGCGUUCACAACUCGACGAUGAGAUGGACUUAUAUAAGGAUGAGUUACUUGUGAUCACAGACUCGGCCGAUAAGAUGUACUUCAGAGGCCACUCCAUGGAUGGCAUCCGUUCAGGACUUAUACCCAAACGCUUCGUACAUAUUGUUGAUCACAACUAUCGGCCGCCGAUAGACAGCAUAGAUGAAAACCAUAUGAAUGUGGGAAAUACGGCCUCAAAUAAUGGCGUGCAUUACUCGGAGAGUCCGCCGUCUUAUGAAAAUGCAAUCAAUUCAAGCUAUGCUUUGCCCGCAUGUGUUGUAUCGGCCGAUUCUUUGGGCUAUUGUAACGCAUUGGUCGGUGACGUGCAGUCAUACGGGCGGACAUUAUACGACUUCCACGCCGAGCACCCUGGUGAAUUGAAUCUACGCGAUAACGAGAUCGUUCAUCUUAUCCGACACAUAGACCACGACUGGAUUGAGGGCGAAAUCGACGGCAGAAUUGGUAUUUUUCCCAAGAGUUUUAUAGAGAUUAUAGUCGAUUGCGACACAAAUAACAUUUUCACGUCAAGUGAUGACAAUGUUUGCGAUAGUAUUGGCCAACUCUUUCCGACCGAUACUUUCGCCCGAGUUUUAUACAACUUUGACGGCGAAAUUGAAACCGAUUUGAGAGUUCGAAAAGGGGAUACAUUAACAUUGAUCCGAAUGGCGGACACCAAUUGGGUCGAAGCCGUCGAUGACGAGGGAAAUGUGGGACUCAUUGCUCGCAAUUAUAUCGAACUAAUGGACGAAAUCUCAUCCAUUCAUUCAAUUAAUUCAUCGCGAAAUGAGUUAACUUUCGAUGAAACGCCUCAUGAUUUUCAACCCGUCCUCUCAAACAAUGAAAACCAUAUUUAUUUGAACGAUACUUACAUUAACGAUAACCAAACACCAGUGAUAACAACACCAGUGAUGACACCAGUGAUGACAUUCUCAGACAUUAAACCAGUGAUUACAGAAAAUGAAGUGAAAGACUUUGACACUAAUGAAAACCACAACAAUAUUAGCAUUAAAAUGAGUGAUGAGUCAACGCUUGAGCCGACAUUAUCCGUAUUAACUCCGCGAAGGGCUGCGCCGGCCGUUCCUCGGGUGGCCGACUCGCAAAUGGGAGCCGAAACGGGACUAACGCUACGCUCGACUAAUAUGUUUGUUCAGAGACCCCACAGACCGCCGCCACCCGUUCCUAAGCAUAAGAAAAAAUUGCGUUCGACAUUACAUCGAAUUCCAGUUCAGAUACGACCUCAGAAGUGGCCACUAAUCAAACCACAACCCAAGAUCAGCGACGAGUUGACGAUAGAAAGAAAAAGUUCAGAUACGACCUCAGAAGUGGCCACUAAUCAAACCACAACCCAAGAUCAGCGACGAGUUGACGAUAGAAAGAAAAAGGUUCGGGAACAAAGAGGAUGUGUUAUAACCGAGUUAUUGCAGACCGAAAGGGAUUACCGGAUGAAUCUUGAGGUCUGCGCCAACAUAUUCCUCACCGACAGAGAAGAGGGCGUAAAAAAUGGCAUAGAUUUGGGCCGUCUUUUCGGUAAUUUAGAGGACGUAAUACUCGUGUCUAAUAUUUUGAUACAAAAACUGGAAGAAUCGACAUUAAUGAAGAAAUACGAGCACCAAAUGAUUGGCAAAUGUUUUCUUGAAACACUGGACCAAAUGAAAGUGGCGUAUAGUUUGUAUUGUGAGAAUCACGACCAGUUGCAACCUCUUUGGAUCANGUCGAUUUCGCCCUCAAUCCAGUCGUGGUCUAUGUGUCGGAUAAGAUGA